ACUGCGGCCGGCGGCUGCCUGCCGUGCGGAGCCGAGCGGAGCCGAACCGCCCCGUCGGGGAGCGCCGCGCCCGCAUGGCCGCGCCGCGCCGCGCCGCCGCCGCCGCCGCGGGGCCGGGGGUGGCCGCGGGAGGAGGAUGAGGCGGGCGGCGGGGCGGCGGCGGCGGCGGCGGCGCGGAGGAUGAAGUGGAGCGUGCGGGGAGCCUGCGCCGCGCUCUCCAGCUGCCUCCUGCUCGCCUGCGCCCUCAGCGCCGCCGCCGUGGGCCUGAAGUGCUUCUCGCUGGGCUCCGAGCUGAAGGGAGAGCCCUUCCGGCUGGGCACCGCCGCCGGCGCCUUCUACUCGGGGCUGCUGCUGGCCGCCGGCCUCUCGCUGCUCGCCGCCGCGCUACUCUGCUGCCGCCCGCCCGACGAGGCGCCCGCAGCCCCGGCCCCGGCCCCGGCCCCGGCCCCCGACCCCGGUGGCGGUGGCCCCGGCCCCAGCUCCGGCUCGGGCUCCGGCUCGGGCUCCGGCUCCGGCCCCGGCUCCUGCCCCGGCGCCGGUCCCGGUCCCGGCCCCGGCGGGAGCGAGGCUGCGGCGGCCGCACCGUCGGGGCCGGUGGAGAAGGCGUCGCCCGGGGGGCGGCAGAACUUCCUGCUGCUGGGGGUGCUGGUGUUCAUGCUGGGCGUGCUGAGCGCUUUCGCCGGCGCCGUCAUCGACGGCGACACCGUGUCGCUGGUGGAGAGGAAGUACUCGCACUACUGCCUGCUGCAGCCCGGCGGCGCGGCCCGCCCGCGGAGCGGCCCCGCGGCGCCCGACGGCUCGGCGGCGGCGCUCCGCUGCCAGAAGCUGCGGGACUACCAGCGCGGCUUGGUGCUCUCCACCGUCUUCAACGCGCUGGAGUGCCUGCUGGGCCUGCUGAACCUGCUCCUCGUCAAGAACUACAAGGCCUCGCAGCAGCGCGGGCGCCGGCGGCGGCGGCGGAGAGCGGCCCCGGCGGCGGCGGCCCCGGCGGGCGGGCGGCGGCGGCGGCGGAGGGGCGGCGGCGGGCGGCGGGCGCCUCGCCACAGCCAGGGCUCCCUCUUCUCGGGCGGCGAGCCCGAGCUCAGCCCCGGGGACUGCCCCUUCCAGGCCGUCUCCUACAUCAACGUGGGCGUCUUCCACGUCUUCGACGAGGCCGGCGUGGAGGUGCACUGCGGCGGGCACCCGUCCGUCGAGCUGCCCGGCUACUCGCCCAUGGAUCCCGAGCUGAACGCCUCCUACCCGUACUGCUACCCGCUGCCCAGCGAGCAGCCCCCCGCCUACGAGGAGAUCUACCCGGGGGAGCCCUGCGCCCACGGCACCUAGCGCCGCGCCCCGACGGCACCGCCAGCGGCAGCGGCUCCGGGGGCAAAGCGCUGCGGGGCUCGGGGCGGCCGCCGGCCCCCGACUGGACGGCCCCGCGCCGCGCGUCUGUCUCUGCGGAAGCUCUCCCUCCCUGCCCUCCUCCCGCCGCCCCUCCGUCCGUCUGUCCGCCGGCGGCUGGGUUCUCCGAAGGCUGCGCAAGAAACGCCGAAGGGUUCGUUCCUCCUGCCGCCUCUCCUCCGUAGCCAAGUUUAGUUCCCUUCAAGUGAUUCAUCAGUCUCCAGCUUUAGCAGUCCAGAGUUACCCAUUUAUGAUAACCAGCCAGUGUAAGGAAAAGGUGUCAUGAAGCUUCUUUACCUCUCAAAAGAGCUAAAUUCCUGAACAACGCAGAGACAUUCGUGUCACGUUUACUAGAGAUGUAUUGGGGAUCUUUAACGUUUACACUACUCCUCGGGAGAAUUGAGUUCUGUUCUAAGAUUUAGUGAGUUAAAACAUUUGUCAGUCUUGUAAGAUGCACAUCGAGAAAAACCUGCACUUUGAAAAAGAAACAGGAAAAAAAUCAACAACGUUUUUGUACACUAACGUGCCUGCUUUUGUUGAUAACUUCUUACUGUAAAAGCUUUCAGAAGUCUAUAGUGAAAAUGUUUGGUAAAUUCACUGCAGUUUAAAAUCGACGAUUAGUUCCUUUACUAAAACAGCUGAGAUGUUGCUAGGAUAUGGCAGUUACAAGGGAGUCCAAAUGUCAUACACAUUCCUUUUUGUAAACAGGUUCUGUGUUUUUAUGCGAGGCAGGAUUUCUUUUCGGUUUACACAGGUGAAGGUUUAAUUCUAUUUUGUACAACUACAUGGUUUACCUUGUAAAGAGUUCCAUUUUACCUGUUACGAUCCAUCAAUCUGGUAAGCUUGAAUAUUAAAGUUUUAUUUGAAAUAUAUAUAUUGUAAAACAGCCUUAACCGGUGCAGUGGUCACAGUUUUAAAGGGAAAAAAGGAAAAAAAAAAAAAAAGAAAAA